GGCGGCGACCCACUGAUGUGAGCUGCGACGCCCUCGGGGGAAACCGAAAACGUCGACGAGUGACAGCUGAGCCGAUCAAUCACGGCUGGCCUAAUGUUUCCACUGCGCACCAAUCAGCGCAGAGAAGGGCCAGGCGGAGGGCGGGAGGUUAGGGGGGUGAUCUCCAGGGAGGUUGGAUGAGCAGAGGCCGGAAGGCAGGCGUGAGUGAAGGGGGAAAGAAAAAAGGAGGGGGCGCCGCUGGCUCGCCGGACAACAUGAGGUUCCGUAUCUACAAGAGGAAAGUCUUGCUGCUGGCGCUCAUCGUGCUGGUGGCCGCCUUCGGCUUCUGGACGGGCGGCAGGCAGAGGAAACCCGAGGCGUUUCCGAGGGACGCCGAGACCUCGCGUUCACUGCGAGCUGGCGACGGGAAGGUGAGCAGGAAAGUUUCCAACGAGACUCAGCCGGGCAGGCUGGAGAGGCCGGAGGUCGACAACCUGACGCUGGUCUACCGAGGGGUCAUCUACCAGCUGAACUUUGAUCAGGUUGUCAGAAACCAGGAGAGCGUUAGGACACGUCCUCCGGACGACGUGGUGGUGGUGAUCCAAGUGCACAACAGGCCAGAAUACCUGCAGUUACUCGUGAACUCGCUCAGAAAAGCCAAAGGAAUAGAAAAUGUCUUGUUAAUAUUCAGCCAUGACUUCUGGUCGCCGCAGAUCAACCAGAUCGUGGCCAGCAUCGAUUUUUGUCAAGUACUGCAAAUAUUUUUUCCGUUCAGUAUCCAGUUGUAUCCCAAUGAAUUCCCAGGACACGAUCCUAAAGACUGUCCACGUGAUAUAAGCAAGGCAGAUGCUUUCAAAUUGGGUUGUAUCAAUGCUGAAUAUCCAGAUUCAUUCGGCCAUUAUAGGGAGUCCAAAUUCUGUCAGACCAAACACCACUGGUGGUGGAAAUUGCAUUUUGUUUGGGAGAAAGUAAAGGUUUUGGAAAACCAUAAGGGUCUAGUGCUCUUCAUUGAAGAGGACCACUAUUUGUCACCUGAUUUUUAUCAUGUCCUGAAAAAUAUGUGGAGUCUGAAAACUGAAAAUUGUCCUGACUGUGACAUAUUGUCCCUUGGUUCUUAUGCACGAGUCAGUGAUUUUGGAGAUAAAGCAAAUAAAGUUGAAGUGAAAACCUGGCGAUCAACAGAGCAUAACAUGGGCAUGGCUAUGACCAGAGAGACAUAUCAGAAAUUAAUAGAGUGCACAGAUACUUUCUGCAAAUAUGAUGACUAUAACUGGGAUUGGACAUUACAGCACUUAACAGUAUCCUGUUUGCCUCGAUAUUGGAAAGUUAUGGUUUGUGAAGCUCCUCGGAUUUUCCAUGCUGGUGAUUGUGGUAUGCAUCACAAGAAAGCUUGCACACCAUCUGUUGAAAUUUCUAAAGUAGACAGAAUUAUAAGUAGUAAUAUACAACAUUUUUUUCCAGAAACAAUGACAAUAAGCAAAGUGUAUCCAUUGGGUGCAAUCACACCACAUGUGAAAAAUGGAGGUUGGGGAGAUAUAAGGGACCAUGAACUUUGUGCAAGCUAUCGCCGUCUGCAGUAAUUAUGUGAUAAACUUUAUGCCAUAUCAUGUUUUUAAUAGUUUAGUUUUCUCCUGUUACAAAAACAGACAACAGUGAUACAAUCUUUGAAUUUCAACCUUAAGAAAAUGGCUGCCCCAAUGGCUGAUUUUUUUUUAAAUACACCAAACCAUAAGAUACUGAACCUUAUGGACCAGGGAGGCUCUAGGUUUGACCUAGCCUCUGAGUUAACUUGUCUCAGCCAGGGUUGCAGAAGGGAUGUUACAAUUGGUUUCAUUAUCUGCCAAGUUGGAAAGAGGGAAAAAUCAACCAAGGUUCCAAUUUUUGAUUGCUGUCAGUGACCAUACUGGAAAACAGUGUUGGGUGAAGCCUGGAACAUUCUGGUCCCCGGAUAAGUACAGCUUAUUGGCACUUGCCAUUAGAUCCCAAGAAAAAGGUGCUGGAGGAAUGCUGGUACAUCAGCAUGUCAAUGCCUUUGCAAAAGAGUAGCAGGAAAGAGUAUGAUUUUGUUUUUGCUUUUUAAAGAACAUAAGCCCUUUCAGCAAGUUACCAUUCUUUGUAUAGUAUGUAUUUUGGUGACUGAAGAGGAGAAAGUGCAACUAUAUGAUGACAAAGAAGUCAAAGGUGCUCAUUUUAUGUUGUUGGGUUUAAAGCUCACUUUUUAUUGUUCAGUUUAAUUUACAGGUUAUACUUGUUCAAAUCAGCAUUGUCACUCUGCUCUUUUAAUGUAUUUUCAUUAAGAAAAAUCUUUUUUAUAUGCCUUAAUGUGUGGUAUAGUGGUGAGAUUCUCUUAAUUUUAUCACCCAGGUUACUUCUGAAACAAUUGGCAGAACUGCAACUGGAAGUACUUUAUAUAAUUCAAAAUGCUCACUCCAUAAAAUACCCAGAGAUCCAGAAGCAAAAUCUGGAGCUAUAUUUCUGGAUGUUUUUCCAAAAUGGAAUUGGUAUGAAGGUUUUAACAGUUCACCACUAUGUCUGAAGUUGUAGUAAAGGGAAAACACAACGAACAAAUGGCUAUGUGAAAAUUUCACCCAUUCAUCAGUACACUAUAUUGAAAUCUUAGUGACAAUACUUUACUUAAAGCACAAACCUGUAACUGAUACUACAAUGCAAUGUUUUUGUUCAUAUGUUGGUAAUGGUGUCCAAAAUAACCAGCAUGUCUCUUCCCUGUGAUUGCAUUUAAUAGGUUUCAUCUGACUUGACAGAUGUUGCUUCAUGGCAGUUUGAAAUACUGCUGAUCCCCUGAGACUGUUCACUCUUCUAAAAACAAUGCCUUGGUUGGAUUUUUUUUGUAUUUCAUUGUACAGCCUCCUAAAAUAAAAGAAACAAUACAA